AUGUCAUUGCGGGAAAGGGCUGCAGCUCUCAGGAGAAGGAUUGAUCGUCUCCUCGCAACAGGGGGCGACAUAGCAGUCCCCAUUCUCACGGCCGUCAACGCGGCCGCUGAUGUGUGUCCUCCUCUAAAGAGCGCGACUGGUGGUGCGCUCUUCAUCUUCGGUGAAGUCAAGAAGUUUAAGGAGAAUAAAAGGGAAUGGGCCGACUUUGGUAAAUAUGUGGUCGACACAGUGGCUGAGGUAGUUGCAGCCAUAAAGUCCUUUGAUGAGUCAGCGGAAGAGGCAAAGUCAUGGGUGGAGAGUGCUACAAAGCUCGAUGGCACGCUGCAGGAGAUCAAGUCCAAAAUCGACCAAAAACUCGCAAAAGUAGAGAAACGGUUGGCUUUCAGAAACACAUUUUCCCACUUCAGAGACUCCGGAAGGAUCGAUGGCCUAAAGAAAGAUCUUGACAAAGCAUUGGCAGCGUUUCAGCUUAGGACGAACUUAAGAAUUAGUCUCAGAUUAUCUACCAUAGAAGAUGGUCGAGAUACUCUGCAGGGCGACUCGAUUCUUGGUAGACUCCGAUACCCUGAUGUCGCUCACUAUGACUCAACCCAGGCAUGCUUAAAAGGUACUAGGGUUGAUCUCACGGAACAUAUUAUGGCUUGGUGUUGUAGCACUGGGGACAGCCAGAACCGGUUGAUGCUGAUGACCGCUGUGGCCGGCGCCGGAAAAACUUCAAUUGCGCACACGAUUGCAGAGAAUUGUAAAAGGGAGGCUACCCUGUUACUAGCCUUUUUCUUCAAGGCAGGCGAACAAUCGCGGCCCGAUUGUUUAUUCAGUGGCAUUGCUCAAGCUCUGGCCAACCGUGACCCGGAUCAUCGCAACUUCAUUGUCUCUGCCCUUCGAAAAGACCCUACUCUCUCAACAGCCCCAUUCACGAUGCAGUUCAAGGAAUUAGUGGCUUCGCCUCUCCUCCAUAAACCCCCGCCUUCCUACCCUCCAAUGGUGGUCAUCAUUGACGCUUUAGACGAGUGUGACAAAGAAGCAUUUGAGCCUCUUGCUAACAUCUUGCGCGAGGAAGUGCCGAGAUUACCGUCCUCCAUAAAAUUCUUUGUUACAUCAAGACAAUUUGAUCUUGUUAAUCGCUUCCUCUCGGCUCAUUGUCCUAUUGAUCGCCUUACCAUCAAUCUCUCGGAUGAGACAAACGUGCAGGACUGCGCUACGUACAUACGUUCCCAGCUGCAGAUGCUGAAGAAUUUUCAUCCCGAUGUACGGCAUAAACUUCAAGACGAGGGGAAAAUAGUACAGAAGAUCUUGGAGCGAGCGGGUGGCUUGUUUGUUUGGAUCAGCACCACCUUUAGCUACAUGAAGAUGGCUAACAAGGACCCUAUGAAGAUAUUAGAGACACUGCUUGACACAGGCACCAAACGGCCAGCCAUUUCUGCUGAAGGAAUGAUGGAUCGCUUGUAUACAAGCAUUCUGAAAAAGUGUGAUUGGGAGGAUGAAGAUUUUGCGCAUGACUAUCCACUUGUCAUGGGAGCAAUCUUCGUGGCGCAACAACCUCUGUCUGUCUCAGCUUGGGAUACGAUUUUGUCGCCUUUCCUCAAGUCUUCCAUUCAAUAUACGUUAGCCGAACUUGCACCACUCCUCUCAGGAGUUGAGGAUUGUCGCGUUCCGAUUCGCAUCUUGCACCAAUCCUUCCGGGACUUUAUCGUGGAUCGGAUCGAUCCCCAAUCAAUUAGCCUUCGUUGCGGUUCAGUAGACACGACGAUGGAGAAUGCCAAGGUUGCCCUGCGAUGUGCCGAAAUCUUGAACCAGGAUCUUUGCUCUGUAGAGAAUCUAGGACUCAUUAACAACUUGUCCGAACAAGAUGAACUGCCACGUAUUCCUCCAGCGAAUUUAUCUGAGCACUUUCAUUACGCAUGUCGUCACCUUAGUUAUCACCUCAGUGAAAUCCAGGAACCGCCGCAGGCGCUGCAGGGCUCAAUCUGUGUGUUUUUCAGUCAGCAUGCAACUCGUUGGGUAGAAGUUUGUGUGAGAAUGGAAGGCUACAUUAGUAUCUCAUUUCUCCUGGAGUGGCAUACGUGGGUUGUUGACCAAAGGUCAAAAGGUGCUAUCAAUGCGCUGGCCAAUGUGCUUACUCAGCUCCAACCGAAUUUGGAAUUUUCUUCAAGGUUCCAAGAGGCAUAUGAGGCAGCAAACGAUUCCGUAGCACUCUGCCGUCACCUUGUUGCCGUGGAUUCAGGAUCUUACAUGCCGGAUUUGGCCAAUUCACUCAAUAAUAUAUGUAACGCUCUUUGCAAACUCGGACGUCACCCCGAGGCACUCCCAUUCAUCGAAGAAGGCGUCAAACUCUACCGCCAGUUAGUUGCCGUCCACUCAGGAUGGUAUACUCCAGAUUUGGCCAGAUCACUAAACAGCCUAUAUUUAGUUCUUUCCGAUCUCGGACGGCACUCCGAAGCGCUUCCAUUCAUCGAAGAAAGCGUCAAAAUCUUGCGUCGGCUAGUUGCCAUUCAUCCUGGAUCAUACAAUCCCAAUUUGGCUUUGUCACUCAACAAUCUAUGUAGGGCUCUUUCCAGUCUCAAACGACACAAGGAGGCGCUCUCAUUCAUUGAGGAAAGCAUCAAACUCCAGCGACAGCUCGUUGCCGCCCACCCAGAAUCACACACCCCAGAUUUGGCUAUGUCACUGAAUAAUCUGCUUGGCGCUCUUUCCAGCCUCGGACGACACUCGGAGGCGCUCCCAUUCAUCGCAGAAAGCGUCAGACUCUACCGCCAGCUAGUUGCCAUUCACCCAUCAUCAUAUACCCCCGAUUUGGCCAUGUCACUCAACAAUCUGUAUUUAGCACUUUCCAAUCUCGGGCGCCACUCUGAGGCGCUCCCAUUCAUUGAAGAAUGCGUCAAGAUCCGACGCCAGCUAGUAGCCGUUCUUCCAGGAUCAUACACACCAAAGUUGGCCUUGUCCCUCAGCAAUCUAUAUAGUGCGCUUUCCAAACUCGGGCGGCACUCUGAGGCGCUCCUAUCCAUCGAAGAAAGUGUUAAAAUCCUGCGCCAGCUAAUUGCUGUCCAUCCAGGAUCGUACAAUGCAAAUUUGGCCUUGUCACUCAACAAUCUAUGCAGGGCUCUUUCCAGACUCGGACGGCACUCGGAGGCGCUCCCAUUCAUCGAAGAAAGUGUCGAACUCUACCGCCAGCUAGUUGCGGUUCACCCAAGAUCAUAUACACCUGAUUUGGCCAUGUCACUCAACAAUUUGUAUUUAGCACUUUCUAAUCUCGGACGGCACUGUGAGGCGCUCCCAUUCAUCGAAGAAAGCGUCGAAAUCCGGCGCGAACUAGUCGUCAUUCACCCAGCGUCAUACAGACCAAAAUUGGCUCUAUCCCUGAGCAAUCUACACAGCGCUCUUUCUGAACUGGGGCGGCACCAUGAGGCGCUCCCAUUCAUUGAAGAAAGCGUCAAAAUUCGGCGCCAGCUUGCCGCCGUUCAUCCAGGAUCAUACACCCCAGAUGUGGCCAGAUCGCUCAACAUUUUGUAUUUAGCUCAUUACGCUCUCCAACAGCACUCCGAGGCGCUCCCAUUCAUCAAAGAGGGCGUCACACUUUACCGGCAGCUGGCAGCCGCUCACCCAGGAUCAUACGCCUCGGACUUGGCCAGAUCACUCAACAUUCUAUAUCUAGCUCAUUCCGAUCUCAGACGGUACUCCGAGGCGCUCCCAUUCAUCGAGGAAAGCGUCAAACUAUACCGCAAACUACUUUCUGUUCACCCAGGGUCAUACGCCCCAUAUCUGGCUUUGUCACUCAACAAUCUACGUGAUGCUCUUUCCAAUCUUGGACAACACUCAGAGGCGCUCCCAUUUAUCGAGGAAAGCGUCAAGCUCUACCGCCAGCUGGUUGUCGUUCACCCAGAAUCGUACACCCCAGGUUUGGCUUUGUCACUCAACAAUCUAUACGACGCUCUUUCCAAACUUGGACGGCACUCCGAGGCUCUCCCAUUCAUUGAGGAGAGCGUCAAAAUCCGACAGCAGCUAGUUGCCAUUCACCCAAGAUCAUACACUUCACAUUUGGCUUUGUCGCUCAACAAUUUAUAUUAUGCUCUUUCCAAUCUCGAACGGCACUCCGAGGCGCUUCCAUUCAUCGAGGAAAGUGUUAAACUUUACCGCCAACUAGUUGCCGUUCACCCAGGAUCGCACACCCCAGAUCUAGCCACAUCACUCAAUAAUCUGUACUUCGCUCUCUCUGAACUUGGGCGGCACUCCGAAGCGCUCCAGUUCAUAGAAGAGAGCGUCCAACUCUACCACCAGCUAGCCGCGGUUCAUCCCGCAUUAUACACCCCGGAUUUGACCGAUUCACUCGAAACCCUACGUGACGCUCUCUCCAAUAUCGGUCAUCAUCCUGAGGUGCAAAUGAUCCGUAUUUAA